GCUAGCUCGUUGCCUAUGGCGGCGACAGGGCAGCGGGGGAUCGCACAGCGGGGUCAACGAGCGUUUGGCUUCGCACGCCAGAGCUUGCUGGCGGCAUGGCAGGGGCGGCACGUGGUGUAGGGCGCACGGGCGCAGGUGGGGUGUAUGCUUCACAGGGGUGAUAUCAAACCCCUGGAUAUGGCCGGUCUCGGUCGGUAUCUGCCGGGAAUCCUUUUCAGUUGACGAAUGGACGGUGUUUGAAGUGGGGACAACUGACGGGCGAGAUCCUGGUUGCCACCGCCUACCUAAUUGCAACCGAUCAGGGGUUUCAUCCCCUGGUUCCAGAUAUGGAGCUUUGACUAAAGGAAAACGUCACCAUGAAAGUCGCGACAUGAGGAGCAUUGGAGCUGAUAGGUGCCGGUUCUGGUUGCUGAGCGGGACGACAGAUCGUUUGAUCGAGCUCUCUCCCUACUGCCGGUGAACUUAUGCCGACGAAUAGACUUCCUACUGUGGUGACAACUUUCUUCGUUCUUUAGUUACGAUGGCCAAUUGGUAGUAAAGUUCCGCUGGUUUAUUACAUAAUCUGUGGCUGUUUUGAGGAGUUUAUUUCUUCUUUACUGGUUUUCUGCAUGGUUACGGUGUUGGGGUUUGUGUUAGCUAAAGUUAGGCGAGAGAGAGAGAGAGAGAGAGAGAGAGAGAGAGAGAGAGAGAGAGAGAGAGAGAGAGUGGACGCAUAUAUCAUUGGAGUUUGAAAAUUUUUAAUGACUGCGUAGGAUAUAGAGUUUUGAAUACUACCGCUCCCUCUCUAAUUAGUAUAUUUGGGGAUUUGGGAUUUGCAACUGUGUUUUGCUGUUGUUGGUUCAUUAGGCGUUUAGGGCUGUUUUGUGAUUUUUCUUUUUAGGUUUCUUGCGUGGUUAGGGUUAAUGAUGGUUGUUCCUGUACGGGUUAGGUUACUAUAUGAUGUUGUCUCUGACGUUAGAUUACUUCGUAGAACUGGAGGAGACUCUGAAGCGGUGUUGCUACGACAUCUUCGAGGAGAGGCAAGAUGUGUACGCAGCGCUGGAGGAGGAGUGGUACUUGUACUUUGAGACGGAAGAUGAAGAUAAUACCGACGCGAGCAUCAUCGGCUGUGAAGAGAUCGAGGAGGGUCAAGCUCGAGGUGAUGACGUCCUCGCUAUUGACAAACAUGCCAACGACAACAACAAAUUCGUGCAGAAGCUACAGUUCUACUAAGCCGCUACACUUGGUCCCCUAAGCGCAGUCUGUCCACACAAGCACGACUAAUGAAAUUUCGUGUAGAGC